ACAGGUAGAACUAUCCUGCUGUCAAUUUUGUUUCUGCCAGGUGGAUUGGAAAAUUAGGUUAUUUAUGUGCAAUUUUUGUUCAAAAUCCUUUGGAUUGUGUGAAAUAAAUAAAUUAAGAUGAAGAUCUAUACAAAUGAAAAUAAUACUUCUACGCUAAAGCUUCUGAUAGCUGCGAAUUUGGCCGGAAAAAAAGUGGAACUUCUAAAUGCGAACUUCGGAGACGACAUAUUCGCAGGUCCCCGCCAGCUGCCGAUCCUGGAGGUGGACGACCAGCUCAGGUUCUUCUCAAGUAACGCGGCUGCUCAGUAUCUAUUCCCGAUCUUGGACUUGUCGGAGAAUGGACAGUGCCAACAGAUGCAGGAGUGGGAAGCGACCCGUCUCCAGCCGGCCGUGGCGGCUGUGGUCUCGGCCAGGCCCUCCCCUGAGCUGAAGCAAGCUCUGACCUCCCUGCUACAUUUGCUGGAACAGAUGCUGACGAAACACCAGUAUAUACUUGGGGACAAACUCUCCGCAGCGGACAUAUCAAUAUGGAGCACAGUUUACCCUGUAUAUUACAACAAUGAUCUCAAACAACAGUAUAUGAGCGAGUUUGGCAAUCUUAAGCGAUGGGUGGAGGAGCUGGCCGGAGCGAAGGCGAUACAGGAAGCAGUUAAACAGUGGAAUGGUUCUGUAACUGGACCCUUCGCUCCAUCAUCAGCUCUGGGAAUACCACAAAUACCAAGUCUCUCAUCACCAGUCGGGUCACCGGAUGAGGCCGAUAUAGCAAUAACAGCUGACGAAAUAGAGUCGGCCAAGGAUAAUUGGCUGAACGGCGCGGGAAAAUUAGAUCCGCCACUCAAACAGGAGAAGAUAGUAUUACCAAUAAAAGGGAGGAAAAACGUACUCAUAACGUCAGCUCUGCCGUACGUCAACAACGUGCCCCAUCUCGGGAACAUCAUCGGUUGUGUGCUGUCCGCUGAUAUAUUCGCCAGGUACUGUCGUCUUUGUGGCUACAACACAUUGUACAUAUCCGGAACAGACGAGUACGGGACAGCAACUGAGACAAAAGCUCUGGAAGAAGGCGUGACGCCCAGACAGAUAUGCGACAAGUAUUUCGAGAUACAUAACGCGGUGUACCGCUGGUUCAACAUAGGUUUCGACUAUUUCGGCAGAACGAGCACAGACGAACAGACAAAGAUAUGCCAGUCGCUGUUUCUCAAGCUGAAAGACAACGGGUUCAUCAGUACGCAAUCUGUUGACCAGUUACUUUGCGAGAAAUGUGACAGGUUUCUAGCUGACAGAUUCGUGGAAGGCACGUGUCCGCACCCAGGGUGCGGUUACGACAACGCGCGCGGCGACCAGUGCGACAAGUGCGGGAAACUGAUCAACGCGACUGAACUCAUACACGCGAGAUGUAAAAUUUGCGGAACGACGCCGGUGGUACGAGCUAGUGAACAAAUGUUUAUUGAAUUGCCGCAGCUAGAGCCGUCCCUCCGUAGCUGGAUCAGCCGGCACGAGUCGCAAUGGUCUGCGCCCGCGCGCGCCGUCUCCCGCUCGUGGCUGCGGGAAGCGCUGCGCGCGCGCGCCGUCACCCGCGACCUGCGCUGGGGGGUUAAAGUGCCCGUCGCCGGGUUCGAGAACAAGGUAUUCUAUGUGUGGUUCGACGCUCCGAUCGGCUACAUGAGCAUAACUGAGCUGGCCACGAGACAGUACGAGACGUGGUGGAAACCUGAUAAGGAAUAUGAUGUGAAACUGUACCAGUUCAUGGCCAAAGACAACGUUCCAUUCCACGUGAUAAUGUUCCCUUCCACCCUCCUGGGGAUCAACGAGGGCCACCUGAUGGUCAGCCAUGUUUAUGCCACAGAAUAUUUAAAUUACGAAGAAGGGAAGUUUUCGAAGUCGAGAGGCGUUGGUGUUUUUGGAACUGACGCACAGGAAACCGGUAUACCUUCAGACGUGUGGCGUUUCUACCUGGCCAGCAUCAGGCCCGAGACCUCGGAUUCCAGCUUCAGUUGGGCGGAAUUGGGUACCAGAAACAAUUCGGAGCUUCUGAACAACUUGGGCAACUUCUGCCACCGCUCGCUGAGCUUCUGCGCGAACAGUUUCAGCGGUGUGGUGCCCGCGGUGGAACUAACGCGCUCCGAUUACGAGCUGAUAGCGCUGGUCAAUAGAGAAGUUGUUGCAUACGUCCACAACAUGGAGAAGGGCCGCCUCAGGGAGGGGCUCCGCCACGUGCUCAGCGUCUCCAAGCUGGGCAACCAGCAUAUGCAGAGUCGGCAGCCCUGGGUACUGCUCAGGGGCUCCGCAGAUGACAAAGUGCUCGGCGCUACGGCCGUAGGACUGUGUUGUCAGCUGGUGGCGUUGUUGUGCGCGCUACUGGCGCCCUUCGUGCCGGACGCGCAGCGGCGACUAAGGGAGCAACUGAACGUGCAGCAGGAACUGCUCAGGAUGUCGCCCACAAACCCAUCGUUCGUACAGUAUUUGCCCCCCGGCCACAAAAUCGGCAAACCGGAACCCCUGUUUGCUAAAAUAGAGCCCGAGGUUCUAGAGAGAUUGAAAGCUAAGUACGCGGGCACUCAGAGCGAGAGGGCUGAUAAGCAAAACGGCGUGGUUGGAUCUGUGGCCGAAUUAGAAGCCGCCAUUGCUGCACAGGGCGACAAAGUGAGAAAACUUAAAGCAACAACGAAAGACAAGUCCGUUUGGCAACCGGAAGUGGAUAAACUUUUGGAGCUCAAGAAAAAACUGGCGACCGCUCAAGAUGCUGUCAAAACAUCGCCGACAGGUGGCGGUAGCGUCGCUGAUUUGGAGAAAGCUGUCGCUGAACAGGGCGACAAAGUGCGUCAACUCAAAGCAUCCACAAAGGACAAGUCAGUCUGGCAGCCGGAGGUGGAGAGGCUGCUGCAGCUAAAAAAGCAGCUCGCCGAAGCCCAAGCUCGGAGGUCAGCCGGCGAGACGGACAGUGUUGCCAGCUUGGAGAGAGCUAUUGCAGAACAGGGCGACAAAGUUCGUAAAUUGAAAGCGUCGACUAAGGACAAGAACGUUUGGACUCCGGAAGUCAACGUACUGUUGGAUCUGAAGAAACGGUUGGCAGCGUUACAAGUGAAAUGAACUUCAUAGUAGUGAUAAAAAAAAUAGUAAAAUAAUAAAAAUGCAGUGAUUUAUCAGCGAAUUACAGUUACGGAAAACGCAACCUACCGCCGAAAUAAAACGAAUUAAAACUCAAUGAAAUAACGACCUUAUUACGUGUACAUUAAAAUUAAAAUUCAAAACCAAAAUGCAUCGUGCUGUCUCGCUCUCAAGCGGGCGGUUCAGUUCGCUGGUUCAAAUCGCGCGCUCUGAUUGGCUGGACAGCUCAAAUAUUUUCGCGCCAUAAUAAUUUGAUCUUUGCGCUUGUACUUAUGUGGUAAUAACUGUUAUUUAAACGUGGAUAACGGUUGUUAACUGUUGUCAAUAGUUACCUUAUCAGAAAAUAACGGAUGUUACCGCUAUUGAGUAGUGUUUAUUUGUCAGUGUUUCAUGAUAUUAUAGAUGAUUCUCUUUCUCCGCUCACAUCAAGUUAAAUAAUGAGAUAGAAGGAAAUGAUAAGACUGGUCAACAUUCGCGAAUACCUAUUUAUAAAAAGCAUGAAAUUAACGCUCAAUUUGUGUUAAAGAAAGUAACUGCUAUUUUGUCUGUACUUGUAAGAUGUCCAACAUUAUUUAUUGCUUAAAUUAAAAGGUAUUUAUUAUUUAAUUUAAUGAAAAUCUGUUUUAUUUUCGACUUAUGGAAUUAUGAAUAAUUAAACCUGAAUGUGCACGAUUUUUUGAGAUUCGUGUGCAAAUCAAAUGAUAAUAUUGCUCUGAAUAAAAUAAAAAAAAAACAAUAAAGGUGUUCAAAUAUUUAUUUUACUUGUAAAAAUUAAAUAUUUCUCUCUACAUAUACACCCUAAACAUAAAUUAUUAACAAUUUUGGAAUCAUACUUAUAGUCAAAUACAAAAUGCAGGUGAUAUCAUUUCAAUAAACAUACAUACAUACAGAGCGCUACAAUACAUAUACUUUAUAUAGUUUAAACACAUCCACUCUUGUACUUUAAUUUUAUCGAGUAAAAUAAUAAAAAUGGUAGUGCUUUAAAUUAAGAGAACAAUAAUGUAUGAAGGCGCUAAAUUGAAUUAUUUUAAAACACAAUGCUCCUGUUAUAUACACACAUAAACAUUAUCACGUCUAUAUCUCUUGCGGGCUAGACAGAGCCGAACCAGAGUCUUGAAAAGACCGAAUGGGCCAUUAACGCUUUAUAAUGGAAUUGUGAUUCAAAUAGUGACAGGUUGUUAGCCCAUCGCCUACAACAAAAAUCCCAAUAAUAAGUAAUAACAUAAACAGUUUAAUAAAAAACAAAAAAUAUAGAAUAUAUAAAAGAAAUUUUUGGCCUUAAUUACUAUUUUUUAUGGCAACAUGCAUUUUAUAAAGGUAUAAACGUCAAAGUAAAUUAGAUUUACAUUUUCAUUAUUAUUAUAAUUAGUUCCUGCUUUUAUUCAUUUCAAUACAAGGCAUAGAAUAAAAGAUAAAUAGGUAUACAAAAUGAUUUCCCGACUGCGCAAAUAGGGUAUUAUGUUUUUGGGGCUUGUUUAUCACAAAAUUUUUAUCGAUACCUGAACAGGGAUUAAACCUGGGACCUCAUUGUAGAAAUGAAAUCAACUAUUUACAUUGAACUUAACUGGAUUUCAAU